AUGUCAUCACACUCUUUCAAUCAAACAAUAAUAUUAUUUAUUAUUGUAUCUGCUUUCGUUGUCAUGGUAAAUGGACAAGCUAGACCACCACCUGUUGUCACUCAACAAUUGGUUAUUGCACCAUUCUCCAGUUCAGUCACUAUUACAGGAGUUGACCUCGGUGGUACUGGAUCAGAUAUUAAAAUUUUACUAGGUUCUACAAAGACUGUAUGCUCAUCAAAGUCUGUUGGACAACUUUCUUUCCUCUCACAAAACACCUCCAUCGUUUGCCAGAAUUUCAUGUAUGACAUGAACUGUCUUAAUACUCUCCAAGCACUCGACGUCACCAUCACAGUCGAUGGAACCUCUCACGUCUCAAAUCAAAUGUUAAUUUACACUCAAUCAUCAACCAGUUGUAUUACUGGUCCAUACAACAACGGAUGUAAUACAGGUGACACCUGCUCCUACGGUAUCUGUCAAUGUGGUACCAAUCAAGUUGGUCCAUUAUGUAAUUUAGACCAAGUUUAUUCAACCUAUUCAAGCAGUUCAGUUCAACCAAAAUUCAAAUACAUCUAUCAAAACGGAUUACUCGAGUGGAAUAUUGUUUUCAAUAAAUUGAAUGUUUGGGAUGCUGCCACCAGUCAAUAUGUCUUAUUGAAGGACCUCACCACCGAUGUCACAUGGACUCAAGUCGUAAGUGGAACCGACACACUAAUAUAUACUAGCAGUGCAAUCGAUACUGUCGCCAACGUCGGAUCCGUCAAGGUCACCAUGAAGUUUGCCAACAGUCUAUUCACUCAGACCAUCGGUGACUACUCCACCUACUUGCAGCCACGUUCUAUGCAAUUCAAAGUUCAAAUUUUGAAUCUUCCAAACUCCUACACCAAAACCUAUCAAGUCGGAUUCCAAAUCUCCACCAACUACACCAACUCCUGUGACACUCAGACCGUCGCCUACAGCAACCACCUCUACAACAAUGCCAACACCGACAAUCGUUGGUUCUUCUUCACCAAAAACUCAGUGUCGCUCUACGGUCGUUACCCAUCGCGUUGCCUCCAAGACGACGCACCCAUCGUCCAGACUUGCUCGCUCGAUUUGCUCGAGGAUGCCGUCCAACAAAACAUUGGAAACGGUCAAUAUGUCAUCUCCUAUCCAAAGUUCAACACCAACUCUCAAACCUUUUUCGAUCUCCUCAUUGUAAACUACACCAACUACCCAAGCUACCCACCACCAGUCUGCACCGAAUCGAUUCCAAGUGCCCACCCAGCACCAUGGUUGCUCCCAUCGAUCAUUCCUUUGAUUUCAUUGUGUUUGGCAAGUUUCUUGGUUGUCCUCCUCCUCAUUUUCAAGGAGAACAAAAAGACUCUCCAAUACGGAUUCCUCCACGACUUUGAGGAGGUAGAGGAUCCACUUAUCGACAUCAAAGUUGAAAAGGAAACCAAACCUGUUGAUCAUUUCGAAAUUAAUCAACAAGCACAAACAUACUUCACAAACAACUAUUAA